AUGGCGGACUCUGAAAAAUCAGUUGUACGAAUCCCUGCCGGUGCCUGUGAAAGAGUCAAACCUGUGGUACGAAGCCUUACCUCGCAGCUGGCGGAGGAGGAGGAGAUGAAGGAAGCACGCAUAGUUCUCGGGUUGCUGUGUUGCUUCAGCGGCUGCAGUCUUUGGAUCCCUGCUCUUUUCUGGAUGGGGGCUUCCAACAUCCUCCCUUCAUGUGAGCGCUACGAGAGCUUCAAAGACUGGAUGCGGGUAUUUCCACUGCUGCCAGCGGCAUGUGGACUUGUCGUGCAGGUUUUUUUGGCGGCGGUUGCCUUUCUUGGGCAGAGGUCGCUGUACAAAGUGGGGCUUCGGCUACAGAUCCUCACUGGCCUUGGGACUCUUCUCUUGGUUGCAUGGGGCUGGGUGGAAUACACGCAGACAUCCGAUGCAGCUUGCGUGGGAGGCGGCAGAGUCCACCCCAAGAUGCUGUCCCUUCUUUUCCUAGUCCUGAGUUCGAUCUAUUGCCCCUGUGUGUUGCUGCUAACUGUGUGGAGGGUGUGCUGCGUGGACAUCAACGCGAGGGUGAGAAAGGAGGGGCACAGAAGACGCCGCACACACGGCGCGCACGGCGUGGGCCUGAGCAGCGGCCUGAGCAGCGGUGAGGUUGCCGUCUGA